CAAAGAAAAAAAACUAGAUUUAAUUCAGUUCUUGCCGGUUGUGGAAGGACAUUAAAAGUGGCCGAUGGUUGAUAAACAACUACUUUUGGAUUUGACGUAGUGGGACUUUUGAAUACCUGCUAGCACUUUAGUAAAAAAAAAAAAAAAAACCCUCUGUUCAUGGAGGUUAGCUAACGCUAGCUGACUUUUAGCUUGGGGUGGAGCGGUGGGGGUUAGCAUCAUGUCACGACAUGAGGUCGUUGUGGACACUGGAGCUGUCAGCGAAGGGAGACGGAGAAGUCGACUCGGGCUGGUCGUCACCGGGCUUGUUGGAGGGUCGCUAGUCGCUCUUUACGCGGUGGCCGCUCCGUUUGUUGCGCCUGCCCUCAGAAGAGUCUGCCUCCCGUUUGUUCCGGCCACCACGGCUCAGGUGGAGAACGUUCUCAGGGUGCUGCGGAGCAGAACGGGGACUCUGGUGGACAUCGGAAGCGGAGAUGGAAGGAUAGUGAUAGCAGCAGCAAAAUGUGGAUUUCAGGCUUCUGGUUUGGAGCUGAACCCUUGGUUGGUUUGGUAUUCUCGCUACAAAGCCUGGAGAGAAGGCGUCCACCGCUCCACCUCCUUUCACAUCUCAGAUUUGUGGAAGGCAAGCUUUGCUCAGUAUUCCAAUGUUGUUAUUUUUGGAGUUCCUCAAAUGAUGGAUCAGCUUGAGGUCAAGCUGGCGAAUGAGCUGUCAAGUUCAGCCAAGGUGGUCGCCUGCCGCUUCCCCUUUCCUACAUGGGUCCCUGAAAGCACUGAGGGGGAAGGCAUAGACACCGUGUGGGUGUAUGACGCCAAAACAUUUCACUCAGGUCUGCAAAGAACGACGGGCAAAAAGUUGUUAGGACAAGAAUCGCAUCCACACACAUGAGAUCAGUGUUACCUAAAAGCUCCUGGAUUUUUUUUUUUUUAUUUGCAAAAAUAUACUUUGAAUUAGCUGCUCAUGGCAUCCCUAUCCAAAAUUUCUCUAUGAAGAAAAUUGGAUGACUUGAGUAAUUUUGUAUGUAUAUAUUUUUGAAAUAAAUUCGCUUGUGUUCAAAACGACUCUAAAUCAAACAUAGUGAUGAUAGGUUGAGAAAGCUGUUUCUCACAGCAACAGAGUGCAGCUCUCAUUAAUGCUUGUAUAAUUUAUUGUUUUUGUGUGUAUUUAAUAAAAAAA